CUGCAGCUGAAGACAGAGGGGAGGGGUCUCUCUUAGUCUCCGGUCUGACUGAAACUGCUCUCUUGCAGUGCUUUUGCUGGCAGGAUCGAAUGAAACAGGACGUUCUGUCCGGGACAGGCUUACCUGUGGAAAAUGUGUGUUUUGAUAAAAUCAGGAUUGAUUCAAAACACUUGAAAAGCAGAGUCAUUAAAAGGGUGCCAGCAAAACCAUGGAAGUCAUCUUCUGAAUGAUCAAAGCAAUAGACUUUCUAUGAUGAGAAACACAUUAAUCCCUUCUUCUACAAAGUAGAGUAUUUCCUGUCCAUCAGUGCUGGAUUGGAUCUAGCUAUGGGGGAUGUGGCUGUAUGAUUGUGUCUCCAUCCACAAGUCUCAUGGAAUCACCAACAAACAAAUCUGAGCUUCCAUCAUCUGUACUUCCCAAGAGGCCUUCUCAGGGAUCUCAGCAUGGGAUGUGUCUGGCAUUACACAGUAGUGAACAGAGUAGCAAUGCUUUCACCUCUAAGUCCCCAUUGUCAUCGUCGUCGACCUUGCUCCUGUACGAUAGAGGUGAUACAUCACCGGAGUCAGUGCGUAGCUUGAGUAGUCUGAGCAGUGCCAGAACAGAUAGUCCUCUGGAUGUGGACAUGCCAGAGGUGGAGAUGGGAAAAGCAACAGCCAGCAGUGAUGAUUCUGGCAUGCAGAGCCCAGACUGCAGACCAGACUACAGUGAGGACAACGACAACUCCGUGUCUGUCUAUCUGGAUGCUAAUGAAGACUGUUGGAGUGACAAUGACAACAACAAUGUCACUUUGGUGGUAACACAAAAGGUUGGCCAAGCUGAUGGUGAUGAUACAUCCUUGUGCUCUUCAGAAAACGGCGAUGAUGAUGAUGACACUGAAGAGAAGGAGGAAGAAGACUCUUUUCUUUCUUUAGCCUCUGUAGAAUUAAUAAUGAAGAGCCAAGUUGGUGUCUCUGAUCUGGAAGUCUCUACCAGCUCUGACGUGGUGAUGCCAAUCAGUGUUUCACCAGAAGGCGAACAAGCAGAAGUUCCUAACAUGGCUGUGGUGAAUGAAUACCAAAGGGAAGUUGUGUAUGAAAAAGAGGAAGUUGUGUUGUCUACAGCCAUUCAAGAAACUGAUGUCAUGAAUGAGACAGUGGUGUCUCUUGAAAAUACUCCUAUAACAGAUACCAGAAACAUAACUUCUUACAUCUCAAAAGAGGAAAACCAGCCAAAGUCCACAGCAAAAAAGACCAGUGAUCUGGAAGGACGUGUUUAUUCCAAGCCUCCUACAAGGGCUGCUCUGACCAAAGCCACAAAACCUGAGGUGAAGAGGUUCCCCAGGCCAGACCUGAGGAACGUGAAGGCCAAGAUCAUCUCCAGGGCUGUCUCUGCACCAAGAUCAGCCAAUCCCGCAAAAACAAACACUAAUGUUAACCAGUCAGCUUCAGGAAGUGUGAAGAUUCAUGCUAGUAGGAAGGUGGAAAAUAAAGCUGUUGGAACAAGAAGUAGAUCAUCAUCAAACCAUACAAGAGGUAAAGAAACAAAGAUGGUGGUCAGUGGCGGUCAAGAGAAAGAUGUAAACACUUUAUCCUUGCCGACACAAGGAGAAGAAACAAUGAAGUCAGAAUAUCCUCCUUCAAUUGAUUUUAAAGAUGAAGAAGAGCCUCAACUUGAGAAAGAAGCUGGGGAAGAAACCUCUAAGAGCACCAGCAAGACUGUGUCUUCCAAGUUGGGACCAUCUCUAGGGACUAACAGUACCUCCACCUCUGGACCCCCAGAAACCAGACUGAAGCCCUCUAACCGAGAAGCCCGACCCACAGGUAGUAUGGGUCCACCGGGAGGCCGAGCGGUUCAGCCGGCUGGUAUCCCAAGGAUGCGCAGCACAGACAAGUCCACAGUACCCUGCAGUCCCACUUCUGUUUCCAGCCCUUCUUAUAAAGGUCCUCAGAAAGCUGCAUCUUCCAAACUACCUGUCAAAGGCCUACCCACAAGCCCCAGCAGCUCAUCACUGGGAAGUACAAUCAGCGAAAGCAACAAUAUUGCUGUAAACAAAGUUCCUGCUGAGGGGAUAAAGAGUGAGGAGAAGUCUAUCAAACAAUCACUGGCAUCCCAGAUUCAAGGAAAGUGUCUAGUUAGCAAACCUGUAUCAGGGCACCGCAGCAGAACGAGCUCCACACCGUCUAAACCAGCGGCAGGGCUGAAGGCCCCAGCUGUGACCAGCCACGUGACAGCUAAGACCAACCAGAAUGCUUUGCAACGCAGUGGAUCUGCACGACUCAUUCGCUCAUCAUCAGUAGCAGUGGACAAGAGCUCCAAAGGGCCCAAAGCUGCAGGGGCAACAGCUGGACGGACACAGCAGCACAGCUCAGCUAGUCAAGGAAGACCGACGGAGGAAGAGGAAGAGAAAGAUCUUCGUCUUCAAAAUGAGAAGAAAAGUCAAUGCAUCCUGCAUCUCCGUAAACUCAUCGUUAACGGCAAUCGGCGACUGGAAGCUCUUGCCCUGGUUGUGCAGCACAUCUUCAGUGAGCGUGAGGUGGCAGUCAAACAGAAGGAAGAACUUUCUGUCCAAAUCAACAACCUGCGAGAGCAACUGGGUAACUCUAUCUCGUGUUGUGAACAGCUGGAGAGAGAGAAGGAGGAGGUGCGUGUUACUUUGGAGGCAUUGUUUCAGAAACUAAAGGAGCAGCAUCAGACAGAACUACAGCAGCUGGAGGAGCGGCUGAAGGACUUCUACUCCGCAGAAUGGGACAAGACCCACGAGGCCUAUCAGAGAGAGGCGGAUAAAUGCAGGGCGCUCAUGCAGCAGCAGGUGGAGGAUGUGAGGAGCAAACAAGAAGCACUGAGGAGCCAACAGGAAGUGGUACACACUCAGCAGAUAGCAACACUGAAACAGGCACAUGAGACUUCACUUGCAGAGCUCAGGAAGACUCAUGAACAGGACAUGCAAGAACUUGAUAAAACACUCAAGGAGUCUGAAGCCAUGCUCAAUGAGAAAAUUCAGACUUUGACAGCAGAAAACGAGGCUUUGAAAGAAAGACUGAGAGAAGAGGAGGAAUGGAGGAGAGCUCUGGCAGACAAAAGUCAGAAGGACGCUCACACACUGUUUUUGGAACAAGAGCUGGAGAGUCUCAGAGCCGUGCUGGAAAUAAAGACCAACCAGAUACACCAGCAAGACAAGAAACUAAUGCAGAUGGACAAACUGAUUGAUGAUAAUUUGAAACUGGAAGAGUGUUUAAAGAAGGUCCAGCAGGAGAACGAGGACUACAAGGCUCGGAUGGACAAACAUGCUGCACUUUCAAAGCAGCUCUCCUCAGAGCAGGCCAUGCUUCAACAGACCCUACAGAAAGAGUCGAAGGUCAACAAACGGCUAUCUUUGGAGAACGAGGAGUUGCUGUGGAAACUACACAAUGGGGACCUUUGCAGCCCUCGACGCCUCUCACCCUCCUCUCCUUUCCACUCGCCUCCAAACUCUGCCUCCUUCUCCACAGCCCCGAUAUCACCCAGAUAACCUCUGAACUCUGACCACGCUUGCUCAGAGGCACAUAUGGACCCUUUGGCCAUUUUAUUCCUAUAAUAGGACUUGUACAGUUUGUAAAGGCUUGUAAAGUUUAUAAAUGUUCCCUUUCCAGUUAAAGACAAUGAUGCACAGUUGCACUUCUAGAUCAAGGAAUUGCCUUGUUCAGUUACAAGCUUGUUUGUUCUUUAUUGUCUGUCUGUCUCUCCCUCCUUCAAUCUCUUUCACAAACAUUUCUCUGAGGAGGGAACAUACCUCAGGGCUUGUACAUAAAGUAUCUCUUCCUCGGACUGCCAUUUUCUGUUACUUGUGCUCUUUUAUCCUUUUUUUUUGUUUUAUUAAAAUGGUUUGUGCAUAGUAAGUCAAGGUGUAAAGCUGUCAUUUUUUUUUGUAUGCUGACAAGAACACUAUAUGAUAUUUGCAAAAAGGAUGGAAAACAGAAGUCCUCUGUUUGCUUGGAUUGACAUUUUACAGCAUGAAUACAAAAAGGAAAAAAGACAUUUCAAGAAAGAAGCUUAAAUCUCAACCACACCUCUGAACUGCAUAUACUGUAGAUCCAGAUCUCUAUUCCUAAUAUUGUGGAAUGUAUUUACUUCUCUCCCAAACUGUGUCCAGUGGCCCACACAUCCAGAACGCUUAAGGUGUGAAUGUGUCCCUAUCUCAACCACAGUGCCCUUCUUUGCUUUAUUUUAUUUUUUUAAUUAGUGCAUUAAAUUUCUGGAUGUUUAUCUAUUAUACUGUAUGUUGUAUUGUUUAUUUUAAUGCAAACAGCACACAGGGUUUAUUUUUUGAAGUUUA